AUUACCAUAUAUCAGAGAAUUGAGACGUGUAUAUUGGCUGGGAGGCAUGAUUAGGAAGACUGUACGAGUCAAAGCAGAGCAGGCGCCCGCCGAGGGGUGGCCCUAUAUCGAGGAUUACGUGAAGACGUACGACGACGGGGUAAUGGAGGAUUACGCGGAAGAUGUCGAUACAUUAUUGGUCCUGGACGGCCUCUUUUCUGCCGUGGUCACCGCGUUCGUUGUGCCAGCAUACGCGUUGCUUCAGCGAGACAAUACGCAGACGUCUGUCGAGCUCCUGUCUCAUAUAUCCACCCAGCUGUCGAGCCUCACUGUCGUUCCGCCGUACAUCAACUCCACCGCCUCGCCCUCGAAUGCCGGCUUGAAUUCCUUCCAGCCCAGCGCUGUAGCACGGUGGAUCAACAGCCUCUGGUUCCUCAGCCUCAUCCUCAGCCUUACAUCCGCCGUGCUCGGCAUCCUGGCGAAGCAAUGGAUUCGGGAAUACCUGAAGUGGAACAGUGCGACGGGCGCGCCGAGAGACAACAUUCUCGUCCGGCAGAUCCGUGUGGAGGCCUGGGAGGACUGGCACGCGCCUGCCCUCAUUGCGUCGAUACCCGCCCUGCUCGAGUUGGCCAUCGUGCUAUUUGUAUGCGGCCUGACCAUCUUCCUCUGGACACUCGACCUCGUCGUUGCCAUCGUCAUCACCAUUACAGUCAUUAUGUUUAUACUCCUCAUCGCGAUCCUCACAGUCCUACCAACGAUGUUCAAGCGUUGUCCGUAUCGCUCUCCGACGGCGUGGGCCUUUCUUGUGUUAUGGAGACUCUGUUGGAUUUUGGGCUCGUGCGCUCGCACGCACAUGUCUCGGGAUGACUCAGAUUCCAGUUGCUAAGGCACCUGCCGCUUUCCUUAUUUACUUGCUUUUCCCUGUCGUGCACGCUCAGAGACUUCCCUUCUUCUGAGCGUGCGUAUAUCCUCUCAUUAUGGACACUGUAGGGUACUGACUGUAUUGCAGUACGGACUGAGCGUCCGUUCUGCUAGGUAAAUACAUCUUAGAGACUUCCCUUCUUCUGAGCUACGGACUGAGCGUCCGUUCUGCUAGCCUCAAGCGCGCCCGACAGUCGAAGCCGGGCCCUGCGUGUGAGAAACUCACUGCGAAGAGUUUCUAGAGACUCGCCAG